AUGGCGAAUAAGUCUGAUCUGGAAGCCCAACCGGCUCAACCGUCCUCGUUAUUGCAGCGAUGGAAACAGCCCGUGGAUCCCAAGCAUACAGAUCUGAUCUGUCUGCUACUGUGCCUCGUCACCGGUCUGUGUGACAGCAGCGCAUACAAUGCCUGGUCAUGUUUCCUAGCGAUGCAGACCGGAAACACAAUCUUCCUCGGCCUCGGCGCCUCAAGCCAACCGAGCAACAAACCUUGGGGCUGGUUAAAAUCACUGAUGUCGAUAGCAGCCUUCUUCAUCGGCUCGUUUGUAUUCUCGAACAUCACGCGCCGCGUAGGCGCCACCCGUCGCGGGACGCUCUUCGUAUCGUUCAUGGUGCAAACGAUUCUCAUCAUUAUCGCGGUGGCAUUGAUCGAAGCAGAUCUGAUCCCACAUACGGCGGAGGAUACUUCGUUGACCGGGGGACGUCUCUUCCUGGAACUUAUUCCCAUUGCGUUGCUGGCGUUUCAGUCGGCCGGGUCAAUUACCUCUAGUCGGGCGUUAGGGUUCAAUGAGAUCCCGACCGUCGUGUUGACUAGUGUGUAUUUUGAUGUGGCGUCGGAUCCGAAGCUGUUGCAGGUGCCGACGGCGAAUCCGAAGCGGAAUCGGCGGAUCGGUGGUGUCGUUUGUCUCCUUGUUGGUGCGAUUGUUGGCGGAUGGUUGAGUCGAAGUAGUGGGGGAAUGCAGUCGGCACUGUGGAUGGCAGCAGGGUUCAAGUUUGUGACGGGGCUGGGAUGGUUCGUGUGGAAGGGUAAGACGACGGAGAAGUAA